CAGGGAGGGAGGGAAGGAGCAUUUGAGGCAAAGAGAGUGGUGGACAUCCAUCCCGAGUCCAGACAUGAGUCUAGCAUGUCUUGUGUGCCAUAGCGUAGAAAGCCCAUCUCAUUCAUUUAGGAGUUACUCGGUCUCAAGUUCAGACAAUGAAGGAAGACGCUCUGCAAUUGCCAACUUCCUGGCCAGGAGGGCAUCUCUUCCAGCCCCAACAACAAACUCCUCGAUCAUACGGUCAUCCAAAGUGACACCACACCCAUCCAUCCCAAAAAGUAGCGGCAUUCCAGGGUCGCCAAGGCUGGUCCGAAGCUGUGCAGUGAGAAGGGACAUUGUGAGGGACUGGAAUUUCGAGGAGGUAGUGAUGGAGCAUUAGUAUUUUACUAGUAGCAAGUAUGAAAUAUAGCUAGCUGCUUUGUUUUGGGUGCAACUGGACCCCCAGCUUCUUCUCUGUACAAGAAGAGUUUGAGCCUCUGUCUCUGCAAUCAUCCCAGACAAAAAUCCAAUGUGAAACUUUGUUUAUAUUUUGGCUAAUCGCAUU